AUGCCGUCAGCACAAGAUGAUACCAACCGACGUCCCGAUGUCAGCUACGGCUCCUUUCCGUCUGACACUCCUCCCCAACCCUCAAAGCCAACACAGCCCUCCACACGCGCCCUCGCUCCCGAUCUCCUCCGCGGCCUGCUAAUGCUGCUUAUGGCAAUGGACCACAUGGCCCUCGCCCUAAACACAUGGUCCCACGGCACAGGCCGCGAGACAGAAGCGGACGGCGUGCCCAUCAAGCGCUGGAAUCGCACGCCUGCCUAUAUCAUCCGGACGUUGACGCACCUCUGCGCACCGGGCUUCACGAUGUUGCUGGGAAUAGGCGUGGUGUACCUUGGACGAUCGCGGAAGAAGCUGGGCUGGUCGAGUGGUCGUAUUGCGAGGUACUUCUUCAUACGGGCUUUUGUUCUCACGGCUGUGAAUGUGGUGCUGGGAUGGGUUAUCACGGUGGGAAAAGUGUGGUUUAUGAAUUUUGUGCUGUUUUCGCUGGCGGUGGAUUAUUUGCUUGCGGGAUUGCUGUGGGUUGCUAUGGACUUUACGGAGCCGUGGCUUGCGAAACAUAUCCCGAGGAAAUCCUCCGAUGAAAGUGAAGCGCUCCUUGGAGGAAGUGAGUCUUCGGACUUUGGAGAGACUGUCUCUUGGCAUGUUCACAAUGCGCUGCUUGCGGUGUUGGGUGUGGUGACGAUAUGGUGGAAUAUCUGGCUCUCACCUACACACGGCCACUGCACCGUCAGCGACCAUUCGUCUUCUCUGACAAUUCUAUCAGCUGGCCAACCUGGACCGACAGAUAGUCCUGCUAUUUCCCAUAAUCCCUGGUUCGGAAUUUGGUUCUGGACUACCUUAACAGACCGAGUUCAAUCGGUGUUUCCACCCAUGGCUUGGGUAUCGUUCGCGAUCCUAGGUCUUCUAUAUGCGCGUAUCGACGUUGCUCGAACGUGGAACUCUCUUGUCGCAGCGCUGUGCAACACCGCCGCUGGGAUAUUCUUCCUCAUAAUCUUUGUGCUCACGCGCGUGUUACACUUUGGAAAUCUCUCCGAAGACUGCCUCCAAACACCCGAGCACAUCGCGCAUCCCGACCAGAACCAAUACCUCGUCUCAGUACAGUCCUUCUUCUACAUAAUGAAGUAUCCCCCCGACGUCGCAUUCUGGGCCUUCACUUUAGCCGGAAACCUGUUCUUACUAGCUUUCUUCGGCGGUAUUCCUACCAGUGUCGCUAAGCGCUUCACGAUGCUGUUGGACUUUGGUAGAGCGGCGCUGUUCUUCUACCUUGCGCAUUUGUUCUUCGUCUUUAUCUUUGGUGGAGUCAUGGUUGGUUGGUUUGGGCAUGAAACUGAGAACCAUGGACAGAUGGAUCCGGACUCGAAGCGAGGUAUUGACAACGUUUUUGCAUACCUCGUUAUUUGGGGGUUUUCGAUGUUGUUGCUGUGGCCUUUGGUGAGGUGGUAUGGUAGGUUCAAGGCCACCAAGCCAGCUGACUCCAUUUGGAGGUUCUUCUAG